CGCACUCGUCGUGCGUCAGAGCGCGAGUCAUGCGUAACAGUACAUGGAUACAGAUUUGCUCCUUUUUGAUUAGAACCGCGCUUCUUAAGGACCACUUGUAGCGGAAGCAUCACGACAAAGGACAUUUAGUCAUAUUCGCAUCAAGUGAGCAGCUCUCCUCACACAUGACGUCUCCUCACCAGAGAUCCAGCCCGGUGUCCGGCGUUAUGCUGAACUCCCCGGCCGCCACAGAGAGCUCGUCCGCCGCCGCUGCGAAAGGAAAAAAGCCAAACUCCGGGUUACGGCGGCCGGAAAAGCCUCCUUACUCCUACAUUGCUCUAAUAGUGAUGGCGAUACAAAGCUCCCCCAUUAAACGACUGACACUAAGCGAAAUAUAUCAGUUCCUCCAGGCCCGUUUCCCGUUCUUUCGAGGCUCGUAUCAAGGCUGGAAAAAUUCCGUCCGCCACAACCUCUCACUCAACGAGUGUUUCAUCAAGCUUCCCAAAGGACUCGGCCGACCCGGGAAAGGCCACUACUGGACCAUCGACCCCGGGAGCGAGUUCAUGUUCGAAGAGGGCUCCUUCCGGCGCAGACCGAGAGGCUUCAGAAGAAAGUGCCAAGCCUUAAAGCCCAUGUACCGAAUGAUCAACGGCGUCGGAUUCGGCGCCUCGAUCCUGCCGCCGAGUUUUGACUUCCAGUCUCCGUCCUGCCACGGCAACGGCUACAACUUGGACGUGAUGAGCAGUUCGAUGGCGGGAGGCUACGAUGGUCAUCACGUCCCCCACAUGUCUCCCAGCCCAGGGUCCACGUACAUGGCGAGGGAGUACGAACCGGACAGCAGCAGCAGUCCCGUACCGUCGUCCCCGGCCAUCGCCAGCGCUUUGGACGGCCACUCCCCGUACGCGAGUGCAUCCGCGCAUUGGACCACCUCCGGCGGGUCUCCCUACGUCAAACAGCAGCCUUUAACCUCCAGCAGCCCCGCGUCAUCUUCUCUGUACUCCGGCAUGUCACCUUACUCCCUGGAGCAGACCUACUUCAGCCAAAACCCCAGGGAGAGCCACGCGAACGACAUAUCAGUGGGGAUUCCACGCUAUCAGAGCCACUGCGACAGGAAAGAUUUUGUGUUCAACAUCAAUGGCGUCUCGUCCUUCCACCCCACGUCUGGCGGCUCCUAUUAUCACCAUCACCACCAUCAUCAACCUCAGAACGUGUGUCAGGACAUCAAGCCAUGUGUCAUGUGAGCGCUCUUUUCGAACCGGACAAAAGACACGCUGCAGUCAAACUGCACGUCAGCUGUAACAAAGGAUUCUUUUGGGAUCGGGUUUGUAGCAGAAUGAGUUGCACAAUGACUACUUUCACAUGUUGCCUCUUUGUGGACGUGACCAAAUGUGCAUUGAAGGAACAUGAAUGAAGAAACCCUUGUGGCCUUAAGUAUACACAUUGUCCAGAUUUACAACGACAAGUGUUUUCUUCUUAAAAAGAAGCACCGAAAAACACGUUUUUGUUUGUUUGUUUUGCUACUAAUACAGGCCUGGGCAAUUGUUUUGACUCGGGGUCCAAAUUUUGAGAAAAUAAUGUGUCUGAUUUUUAGGAACACUAAUACAAAACCUCUCAAUAAUGUAUGAUUGAAUGCUACAAUGUUAUGACAGACAGCCUUAAAAAACGUAAUGGAAUUUUUUUUUUUACUGAAUGAAACAGCCAGAAUGUACAUGAAAGUAAACAAUGUGGGGUUUACAAUAUUAACUACGAACGAUAAAACACUGAAUAUUGACAACAUAUGAACGUCACACCCCCUCUUGAUCGACAUAUUUUACAAUCAAGCGAAACACAACAAAAAUGCAACAAACACAGUGAAAUAUGAACGCGAUGGGUAAAAACAAAAUCACCUACAAUCUGAUAUAUCUGAUCACUAAGCUUUGGAACUUUGUUGUAAAAAUCUCCUUGUCCCUGACACCCGCAUUUCAGGCUGGCCGCUCUGGAAACACUCUGGGGAAACGCACCCCACCCACACUGCUUGGUGCCUCGUCUGAGCUGCUGGGACUUAGAUUACCAUAGUAACUAGUAUAUCAUGCAAAAGCACAGAUUCCAACUGAACUAUACUUUGUAUAGUUCAAGACAUCACUGCACAUCAUAAUGGCAGCUCCAGUUUCCAUCUUAAAGAUCUGAAAAAAAAUAUUUGGGAAUGUCCAGCGGGCCAGAUUGAAAAGAUUAACGGGACACAUGCAGCCCCCGAGCCUUAAUUUGCUCAGGUCUGUACAAUUAAAUGAACCGAAUGUUUCCCCAGCAAUAUUUCCGUGGCUUGCUUUAUAUUAAUUUAUUCAUAACAGUAAAAUUGUAAUAUUUGACAUCAUGAUAAACCAGGAGUUCAAGUACCUCGGAGUCUUGUUCACGAGUGAGGGAAGAGUGGAUCGUGAGAUCGACAGGCGGAUCGGUGCGGCGUCUUCAGUAAUGCGGACGCUGUAUCGAUCCGUUGAGGUGAGGAAGGAGCUGAGCCGGAAGGCAAAGCUCUCAAUUUACUGGUCGAUCUACUACGUUCCCAUCCUCAUCUAUGGUCAUGAGCUUUGGGUUAUGACCGAAAGGACAAGAUCACGGGUACAAGCGGCCAAAAUGAGUUUCCUCCGCCGGGUGGCGGGGUUCUCCCUUAGAGAUAGGGUGAGAAGCUCUGCCAUCCAGGGGGAGCUCAAAUUAAAGCCGCUGCUCCUCCACAUCGAGAGGAGCCAGAUGAGGUGGUUCGGGCAUCUGGUCCGGAUGCCACCCGAACGCCUCCCUAGGGAGGUGUUUAGGGCACGGCUGACCGGUAGGAGGCCACGGGGAAGACCCAGGACACAUUGGGAAGACUAUAUCUCCCGGCUGGCCUGGGAACGCCUCGGGAUCCCCCGGGAAGAGCUAGACAAAGUGGCUGGGGAGAGGAAAGUCUGGGCUUCCCUGCUUAGGCUGCUGCCCCCGCGACCCAACCUCGGAUAAGCGGAAGAAGAUGGAUGGAUGGAUGGAUAAACCAUUGUUAAAUUAGUUUAAAAUGACAUUCAAUGACAAAAUACAAGCUGUCGAAAAUGUACUGUUGACACACCACCAUUUUGGAGAAGCCAUAUCCUGGGAUAGUCACAUGACUGUCAGGUGACAAUUAACUACACUUUCCAAUGUUUUGGACUUAAUGAGUAAAAUAAAACACCAAGCUUAUAUUAGGCACAUUUCAGGACAUUUAAAAUGUUGGGGUUCUUAUGGUUGUUAAAUGUUUUCUCUUUGGACAAACUACAUGUUAUCUAUGUUUUAUGAUUAUUAUUACCCACACCAAACAUUGCACUUAUUCUAUAGCCGUGC